GUCGCUAAAGAAAAUUCGGAUCUCCAUAUUCAUUUCCCCCAAAUCGCAGAGCUUUUCGUCAGUGAAAUUCAACCUUGCAAUCGUGAAUUUCGGAGGAAAAAAAAAAGCAGAAAAAGAAGAAUGGGCGGUGGCCAUGGUGAAGGCAUAACGUACAAAGGCGUGACUCUGCACAAGCCAAAGCGCUGGCACACCGUCACGGGCAAAGGCCUCUGUGCCGUCAUGUGGUUUUGGGUUUUCUACAGGGCAAAGCAGGAUGGUCCGGUGGUGCUGGGCUGGAGGCAUCCUUGGGAAGGCCAUGACGAUCAUCAUUAGGUAACUUGUUCUUUGUAGUCCUUAUUGUUCUGUUACAUCUGUGUGAUGUUAAAUUUAUGAAUCUGGAACAUAAUAAGUGGGUCAUGAAAAUUUUCCCGAGCGACUUCCAAUAUUGCAAAGGGUAAGAUUUUGUCUCUCAAGAGAAGAAUUAUAGUGGAACGUCAUUCAGUGAAUCACUCAUACAGAUGUUUGUUCAUGCAACUUUAUGGGAAUUGUCAGUUUAAAGUUUUGUUGUAUUUGUUAAACUUCACGAGACAUUGUGUUAUGAAAUGGUUCUAAUUCGUUGCUUGUUGUAUCUUUUGCAAGUUUUAUUAAAUACCUUUGAUUGCGAAUAGAUACUUUGUCAUACAGUUGGAUCCUGUGUGGCUGACAAUUGGAUCUUGUGUGGCUGUGGCAGUUUGUAAGAGACGCAAUUAAAUAGUAGCAAAUUCUGUGUGGCUAACAAUUGGAUCUUUGUGUUUUUAUAUUUGCAUCAUGUCUGAUUUUUUAUUGACUGCUUUAUUUUCCAGAUUUUGGUGCCAUGCUAGAGCCUAGAGGCAGCAUGAAGCUACUAUGUUUUUCAUUUCUUGUUAUGAAUUGGCCAUACUUGACAUCUCCUUUGUUUUGUACAAUAAAAUGACUGAAGCUGAAAGUCAUCUUGACUCGGGACAAUUGAUCAUAUGCUGUGUUUGUUGUAAUUGCUGUUUGUUUUUUCCUACUUGGUUAUUUUUCGUGUUCUUAUCCAGGGGGAGUGGAUCUUUGGAUAGUCACCGGAAAUUUAACAUACAAAAAAAAUAAAAAAGAAAGGAAACUUAAAAGAAAAAAAAAAGCUUGUACUUUUGUGUGGGGAAUGUGUAGAAAUUCUGCUCUGGACUAAGCUAUAAUAGUGUUGUGCUGAAGUUCGGUUCAUUUUUGAAACAUCUAUAUAUAUAUAAAGAGGGAGUU